GAGUGGCUAUUCUUUGAUCAUUUGCCUUGAUUGCGAGACUUAUUGAAGGCAACAUGAAUAUUGACAAGAAAAUGUUACCGAUGAAGAUGCAUUACAUUGCAGCUUUUGCAGGAAUGGGACCUUUGAUUCCAUUCCUGCCGGUCAUAGCUCGUCAGAAGGGUAUGUCUGACGAGGCUGUGGGCAUGAUCUGGACUGCCCUGCCCUUCCUCAGCUUAUUGGCAAAGACGUCAGCUGGGGCGGUGGCUGACUACCUGAGAGCUCACCGCGCUAUCUUCCUGACAGCCGUCGUGGUCAUGGGGGGAGCGCUGACGGGGAUCUACUGGUGUCCUGACGUCAGUAAGGACACCACGCCUGACUUCGCUCCUGAGGGACACUCGGUCAGCAACUCCUCCUUUGCUGCAGAAGGAGGAUUGGCUGAGGAAGGAGAAAAUUCUCUGGUGGACAGAUACGAAUUUUGGCUUCUGUCCAUUCUGCUGUUGCUACAGUUCUGCGGCUACAUGGUGGUGCUUGAUAUGGAGGAGACUGUCUGUUUCCAGAUGCUAGGGGACAAAGCCCAUAAGUACGGACUGCAGAGGCUCUGGGGCACAGUUAGUUACGGCGUCACGGCAGUGGUCGGGGGGGCGCUGGUCGACUGGUAUUCUCGGGGCCAAGAGCAGAAGGACUACCUGCCUGCGCACGUGAUGGUGGUCGUAGCCCUGACUCUGGACGCGGCGGUCGUCUCGCAGCUCGAGUUCACGGUUCCCGACAAGAAAAUUUCCUCAACCGAUGUCCACGCCGUCUUCAGGCAGCCGUCCGUUUUCCUGAUUUUGAUGACGACCGUGGUGCUAGGGACUUCCGGGGGCAUGGUCAGCGCCUUCUACCUCCUGCUGGUGGAGGACACGGCGGCGCUGUGGAACCCUUCUUUCGCCUACCUCAAGCUCCUGCAGGGCCUUCUGCUGGGGGUACAGUGCCUCGCGUCGGAAGUGCCCUGUUUGUUCCUAGCUGGAAAAAUCAUCAAGAAACUAGGAUACGCCAAGUCCUUCUCCCUCGCCCUCCUUGGCUUCAGUCUCCGCCUGUGCCUCUACUCCUGCGUCUCGAAUCCUUGGUGGUUCCUGCCCAUCGAGCUCCUCCACGGGGUGUCCUUCGCCUUGGCCCUCGCCUGUGUCACCUGCUACGCCAACAGCAUCACUCCCGCCGGCGCUGAGGCGACCAUGCAGGCCAUCUUCGGCAGCGCCUUCCACUGCGCAAGCGGUCUGGGAGGCCUUGUGGGUAGCUGGCUGUUCCACGUGAUGAAUGGCUGGUGGAGAGCCUUUUUCUCAAUGGGAUCAGCUGUUGGUGUGUACGCUGUUCUGUUUACGAUCGUCCACGUGAUCCUGACUCGGGUUGGUAGUGCCAAAUCAGCUGUUCAAAAAGAGAAAGGCGGAGACAGCGAAACCCCCUCGAGCUGCUGCGAAUGCUGAAGGGGAAAGCAACAACAAAUACAAAAUACAUAGUUUGUUAUUUGCUGAGUGUUCGGAGCCAAGGUGUUAUUGUUAUGUUUAUUUUUUUGUGAAGGUUAAGAGAUUGUGUGGCGAGGUCGAAUGGAGAGGGAUAAAUGCUUAGGGUUUAGACAGGGAGCAUGUAAAAGAAAAUAUGAAGAAUGGU